CUCUCUCUCUCUCUCUCUCUCUCUCUCGCUCUCUCUUCCGACGAAUUCCUGAGAGACCGCACGGAGCGCAAGGAGGCGCCACCUAGUCGAAUCCUCCUCCUCCGGCGGCAGUGGCGGCGGAGCUAUGGUGAUGUCGGUGGCCUCGCCGCGGAGGUCGAUAAGGGAGGCCGUGUUCCAGAGCGUGCUGGCCUACCACCAGCAGGAGGAGGAGCGGAAGCAUAAGAGGAGCUUGACGUGGGGCGGGGCGGCCAACGCCAGCGGGAUCAACGAUGACGACGAGCCUGGGUUCUGGGAGGAGGAGGAGGGGACUAUGGAGCUCGUCCAGUUGGGGGCGGAGCGGACCAAGAACGUGCUGAUUCUUAUGAGCGAUACUGGAGGUGGGCACCGCGCCUCCGCCGAGGCCAUCCGCGACGCCUUCCGCAUCGAGUUCGGGGAUGAGUACACGGUAUUUGUGAAGGAUUUGUUCAAAGAACAUGCUGGUUGGCCACUGACCGGCAUGGAGAGUUCUUACAAGUUCAUGGUGAAGCAUGUCCAGCUCUGGAAGGUGGCCUUCCACACCACUUCUCCUCGUUGGGUCCAUCGCUUAUAUCUUGCCUCCCUUGCUGCCUUCUACGCCAAGAAGGUGGAGGCUGGUCUGAAGAAGUACAAGCCAGACAUCAUCAUCAGUGUCCAUCCCCUCAUGCAGCACAUUCCUUUGUGGGUUCUCAAGUGGCAGGGACUUCAGAACCGAGUAGUUUUUGUCACCGUCAUCACAGACCUCAACACUUGCCACCCCACCUGGUUCCAUACUGGUGUCAACAGAUGCUACUGCCCUUCGGAGGAAGUGUCGAAGAGGGCAUUGCUGGAUGGCCUAGAUUUUUCUCAAAUUCGAGUGUUUGGAUUGCCAAUCCGACCAUCCUUCUGCCGUGCACUUCUUGUCAAGGAAGAUUUGAGAAAGGAGCUUGAGAUGGAUCCUGAACUGCCUGCAGUGUUGCUGAUGGGAGGAGGUGAGGGAAUGGGUCCAGUCAAGAAGACCGCAAAGGCUCUUGGAGAAUCACUAUUCGACAAGGAGCACGAAAAACCAAUGGGCCAGCUAGUUGUCAUCUGUGGCCGUAACCAAACUUUGAGCUCCACAAUACAAGCCCAUCCAUGGAAAAUUCCUGUGAAGAUAAGAGGGUUUGAGACCCAGAUGGAGAAAUGGAUGGGAGCUUGUGAUUGCAUUAUAACAAAGGCAGGACCAGGUACUAUUGCUGAAGCUCUGAUUAGGGGACUUCCUAUUAUCCUGAAUGACUUCAUCCCUGGACAGGAAGUCGGCAAUGUACCUUAUGUCGUUGACAAUGGAGCUGGAGUAUUCUCCAAAAGCUCAAAACAAACAGCUAGCCUAGUUGCUCGUUGGUUUGGCCCUGAAUCAGAAGAGUUAAAGAGGAUGUCGCAGAAUGCAUUGAAACUGGCACAGCCAGAUGCCGUUUUCGACAUUGUCAAGGACAUCCAUGAGCUCAGGCAACAGCGUGGCCCCCUCUCUCACAUCUCCUAUUCCCUGACUUCAUCAUUCUACCAACCAAUGUAAUAGCCGAUCUGCCAACACCUCGGAAUCUAACCUCUGAUUUGGCAGUUCAACAUGUGCGACAUGUACAGCUAGCACUGACAUUCUUUGACCUCGACAAUGGCCUCAUUUGCCGAAUAAAAACCCUGUGAAAAAACUAGGUAGGUGAGUAAGCUAGCGUCUUGGUUCAAGAAAGGACUAGGGAGUCACAGUGUUGGUUUGUGUAUCAUUUGUUCUUUUAGGAUGGUAUUCUUUCCCUGUUCUAACUGGUGUUUGUUUGAUCAUCUUGUUGUUGUGGUUUUUGAGACUGUCAAGCUCAAAGAUGAUGUUCUCAUUGAAUGUAAACUAGCGGUUGAUUAUUUAAGUUUAAUUUGAUGAUAAGACUAUCAGAUUUUUGUGCAGAAA